UCUGGUCCCCAGGAGCUGGAGGACACCAACAAGUGGGGGCUCAAUGUGUUUAAAGUCGCUGAGUACUCGGGCAACCGCCCGCUGACGGUCAUCAUGUACAGCAUCUUCCAGGAGCGCGACCUGAUGAAGACCUUCCGCAUCCCCGUCAACACCUUCAUCACCUACAUGCUGACGCUGGAGGACCACUACCACGCCGACGUGGCCUACCACAACAACAUCCAUGCUGCUGACGUGGCUCAGUCCACCCAUGUCCUCCUCUCCACACCAGCACUGGAGGCUGUCUUCACGGACCUGGAGAUCAUGGCUGGCAUCUUUGCCAGCGCCAUCCAUGAUGUUGAUCACCCCGGUGUCUCCAACCAGUUUCUCAUCAACACCAACUCGGAGCUGGCGCUGAUGUACAAUGACGCCUCGGUGCUGGCCACGGACAUGUCCAAGCACAUGAAUCUGCUGGCGGAUUUGAAAACCAUGGUGGAGACCAAGAAGGUGACCAGCCUGGGGGUGCUGCUGCUGGACAACUACUCCGACCGGAUCCAG